ACCGGUCUUCUUUUGCGUUUUGAGGUACGGAAGGAACCACGUCAGAAUCGCACACAAAAGUAAACGUAAUGAAUCUGAAGGGAUGAAGAGCAAAGGGUAGAAGCCAUGACUCUGCUCCAGCUUCCCCAUCCUUCAUCCUCCACUUUCAUAACCCUCCCAAAGUUUUCUCCCAGUCGAAGUAUACUCAAUCCCUUUGCGCGCCACAAAGCUUCAUGGCAGGAGCUCGCCGGCGUUUUGGUAUUCUCAGCGAUUCCAUUCACCGCCGUCAAAGCUAUCGCCAACAGUACCUUCGGCGAAACACUCCGUAAACGCUUGGAAGAGAAAAAGAAGGCAGCAGUAGAGAAUUCCGCAAAGUUCAGGGCACUUGCACAAAUGGCGAGAAACGAUAGUAUCUGGUAUGGAGAAGAUCGCCCCCGCUGGCUUGGUCCAAUUUCUUAUGACUACCCUGCUUAUCUUACCGGGGAGCUACCGGGGGACUAUGCAUUUGACAUCUGGGGGUUGAGCAAGGAUCCCAUGGCCCUCCAGAAGUACUUUAAUAACCAUGGAGAAGCUCAGUUAAAUUGCUCUUGGAACUUAUUUCAGUUGUCAUGGUUGCUUCACAGUUACGAAUUAUUACACGCCCGGUGGGCUAUGCUGGCUGCUCUUGGUGCUUUGAUUCCUGAACUGUUAAACCUGACAGGACUCUUUCAGUUUGUGGAACCUGUUUGGUGGCGUGUGGGAUAUUCAAAGCUUAAGGGAGAUACACUUGACUACCUAGGGAUCCCUGGACUCCAUUUAGCUGGAAGUCAAGGAGUCAUUGUCAUAGCCAUUUGCCAAGCCCUUUUGAUGGUUGGACCAGAAUAUGCAAGAUAUUGUGGGAUUGAGGCUUUGGAACCCCUAGGGAUUUACCUGCCUGGUGAUAUCAAUUAUCCUGGAGGUGUUCUUUUUGAUCCACUGAAUCUCUCUGAAGAUCCAAUGGCUUUUGAAGAGCUAAAGGUGAAAGAAAUAAAAAAUGGUCGCCUUGCUAUGGUUGCCUGGUUAGGCUUUUAUGUCCAAGCGGCUCUUACAGGUAAAGGCCCCGUGCAAAACCUUCUGGAGCAUAUUUCAGAUCCAUUUCACAAUAACUUGCUCUCUCUUCUAAAGUCUCUGUAGAUAUUUUAGAGUUCACUUACCCAAGUUGACUGCCAGCUAUAUUUGUUUUGUCUUAUUUGUAUUGUAACACUGUAAUACAUGAGCUCCCUAGUUUAUCUAAACUAUCUUCUAAAAAUAACAUCGUACAUUGAAAAGGUAAAAACAUUUUGCACCAGAAGAGUAUUCGAGGUUGUCUGUAUCCAGCACAAUUAACCUUAUAUGAUCUUGUUUGUAAUGGGGUGUAGAAAAGACUCAAGUUCUGGAAUUAACCAUAUAGCUUCUGUUUAUGAUGUGAUGUAAAUGAUAGGGAAGAAAAUAUACUUCUUUUACA